UCGUGGCGGGAGGGUUUGCCGCUCGCGACACUCGCGCAUUCAGUCGGCCGCACCACGCCGCCACGGCUCCCGCGCUCUCACUCGCUCGCGGCUUGCGGACCUAUGAUCCGCUUUGCGCGAUACUCAUCGGAAACAAAUUCCAUAUAUCCUACAAUAUUCAUAAAAAUACGUCUCUCAGAUUUUCAAUUUUCCACUAAUUUAAUAAGCGUCACGUGUGCAUUAUUUUGCAACGUGAUUUCGCGCGCCGAUUCCACUUAUUAAAUGUUGCUUCACUAAAACAUGCCGGUUGCAACAUUUGCCAAAACUUUUGGACAAUAUCUCCGAAUAUAAACAUAAGCGAGGCCCUCCUGUAACUUAACUACAGUUUGUUGGAUUGCUCGUCUUAAAUUGCUGUUGCAACAGUGCAGAUUCCAAGGUUGCUCGUGAGAAAACUUUUGAACAGUGUUUGAUAUUUUGUGAUGUGUUAAAACUAAAGUGAGACAAUGUUGUCGAUGGAUUCAUUGUGGUGUGGCUCUGAAAGUGAGUUAUCAACAUUGAGACUAUGUAAGAGUGCAGCGGAUAGGCCGGAAUACCGGCUGACGAGACGCAAGCCCUCCAAAAGCCUGAUCCCGCAAGCGUUACUGCACGCGCCGGAGCCUCAGCCCAGGACACAUCGUCGACGAAGACGGACGAGAUCCCUGAACGCACCCUCGCCGAUACAGCAGUUUGGACCAUGCGGAAGAAUAAUGAAAAACUCGGCUAUGGUUAUGCAAAUCCAGGACCCGGCCUCGCAGCGGCUGACAUGGUACAAACCACCGCUUACGGUUCUGGUCAUCAAGAAGGUCCACGAUGCCACUAUUCUGGCACCCUUCGUACAACUUGUACAUUGGCUGGUUCAUGACAAAAGCAUGGUAGUGUUCGUGGAGGCGGCGGUGCUUGAUGACAGGUUACUGGCUGAGUAUGGAGACUUCACGUCGGUCAAGGAGCGGCUGAUGACCUUCAGGGCUGGCACCGAUGACCUCACGGAUAAGAUUGACUUCAUCAUCUGUUUGGGCGGAGACGGCACGCUGUUACAUGCCAGUUCAUUGUUCCAACAAUCAGUACCUCCUGUGAUGGCAUUCCAUUUGGGCUCUCUAGGUUUCCUGACGCCGUUUGAGUUCAACAACUUCCAAGACCAAGUCAUGAACGUUCUAGAAGGACACGCAGCGUUAACGCUACGAUCACGUCUCCAAUGCGUAGUCUUACGCAAGAGUAGGGACGAUAAAGAUGGUAAAGAGAAGAAGAAACCUACCACCAUACUGGUGCUGAACGAGGUGGUGGUGGACCGAGGACCUUCGCCGUACCUCUCCAACAUUGACCUGUUCCUGGAUGGAAAGCAUAUAACCUCCGUGCAGGGAGAUGGCCUAAUAGUGUCAACGCCGACGGGAAGCACGGCGUAUGCAGUAGCGGCGGGGGCGAGUAUGAUCCACCCCUCAGUGCCAGCCAUUAUGGUGACCCCCAUCUGCCCCCACUCGCUGUCCUUCAGACCUAUUGUAGUCCCCGCUGGAGUGGAGCUCAAGAUAAUGCCCACCCUAGAAGCGCGUAGUGCGGCCAGUGUGUCAUUCGACGGGCGGUCCCAGGUCACCCUCAGGCCGGGCGAUAGUCUCUACGUGACGACGUCGGUGUACCCUGUACCUUCGAUAUGCGCCCAGGAUCAGAUCUCAGACUGGUUCGACUCACUAGCAGAAUGCCUGCACUGGAACGUGCGAAAAAAACAGAAACAGAUCGAUGAACUAAGCGACCUUACCCAUUCAUCCAGCGAUAACCUUGAGGAUCUAGAUCAGAACCACCACGACGAAAGACCGGUCGACACAUGACCAACGAGGUUCUACUAAUCGAAGAGUUCUGAGUGUUCUCCUUCCAGGGUAUAGGCAUACUUUGAGCAAAUAACGUGAAAGAACUUUUUUAUUUGUGUGUAAGCGAAAUACCAAUGUUUGUUGUAUGUGUGCGUGUGAAUUUAACGUUUUUUGAGUAACGUUUUCGUAGAUGUCGA